GAAACGAAGUUUAGAAUCUUCCUCAUCUUCUCUUCCUUUAAACCUUAUUCUUCUUCAGAAGUUUGAAGAUAAAGAUUAUGCUUUGGGGCAUGCUAGAAUUAGAGCAAUGUUUAGACGCAGUAUUUAUAGUCUAGGUAGAUUGACUCAAAAACAGUUAAGUUUUGGAGUACAAGAGUUCAGGAACUUUUCUUCAGCUGAAUCUGUAAAGAGCAUAGAGUUCAGACAGAUCUCAACUGAACCCUCUAAGAGAACAAAGUUGAAAAAUGUUCCAGCAACUGAAUCCAAUCUCAAGGUGGAUAGAUUCUCUCAGAUACUGGAGGAAAUAAGUAGACAAGAACGUUUUUCACAUUUUAAGAGCUCUCCACCAGUUCUGGAAAGAUUAGAAGAUCUCUACAGAAUAUUUCCAAAAUACAGUGAAACUCUGUCUAGGAUAGUAUUGUUGAGUCCCGAGAUUCUAAACUACUCAGCUGAAACCAUUGAUCAAAUAUCCAGGGUGUUUCUACAUCAUGGGGAUGAUACGAUUAUGUCCCGAGAAGAGAGUUUAUUGUUCAUAGGAGAAUGUCCUGAACUAGUUGGUCUGGGAGUAGAACAAGUUGAAGAGAAGUUGACAGAUCUUCUUGUUAAGCUGUCUGCCUUUCAUCUUCCCUGGAAUAUUAUUCUUCUAGGUUAAUCUUAGAUACAAUUA